UAGUUUGGUUUGUUGACGCGGGACUGGAAGUCGGUUCAGACUUUUCUCGACUCUGUCCCGCCUUUACGUCACCUACGGUGUGUGAACGCGGACCCCUGCGAUAAACUGAUCGACGCCUAACCGAGAUUGGCUGCCCGGCUUGCGGAAGCAGACGAUGAUGGAGGUGACACGGCUCAGAGAGAGCCCGAUGCUUUUACCGAUGAACAAGGAGAAGACGGUGUAUGACGGCUUCAUCACCGUCCAGGAAAGAGACUUCAGAAUGAGAAUUCUGCUACCACCUGACCGUCAGCUCAAACAGGCCAGGUUGCACUGUUGUUGGCAACUACAACAUCUGUUGCGUGGAUAUGAGCACAUAGUGAAGCAACGGCUGCAGCAUGCGGCUGAUCUUGGCAGUUUCAUUCUGGAGCUGAAGACUGUCUUGGAAGCAGUGCUGAAGGGCCAACCUGAGAGCCGCUCCAUCCCUCCUCCACAGUAUUACUCCCGGCUCAUCUCUGAGAUGGAGGAGCUUGGUUGGAACAAUCUGCUUUUUAUAGAUACAGAGUUCCGUAUGGUGAGACUAAAAGCCAAUGACUCCGCUGGAAGACAGCAUGUCCUCACUGUUAAGCUUAAGUCUAAACAUCCUGCAGAGGCCCCAGAAUGUUCCGCUGACCUGCCCAUCCCGCUGCCCAUCACUUGGACACCACAGAGUACUCUUGGACAGCUCCACAAACAGUUCCUGCUGGUUUUGGAAUCCUUGGAAGAGUUCUGGGAAGUCCUGGACGAAAUCGACAGCAAAACAUGGAUCCUGGAGCCGGAAAAACCAAGUCGGGCUGACACCAUGAGGAGAAUCGCCAUCGGGAACAACAUGUCAAUCAAAGUGGAGGUGGAUCCCAGACACCCCAAGAUGCUGCCGGAGAGCUGCCUACUGGGAGCCGACCAUGCGGUGACGCCAUUGAAGAACAAGUUAAACGCCAACAUGCACCUGUGGAACCCGGACGCUAGCGUCUUGCACAACCUCCAGGAUGUUUUGGAAAUAGAAUUCCCGUCACCCGCCACCCACCAGAAAUCUAGCUUCAGCACCGAGUGUGGCAUCUGUUAUUCCUAUCGACUAGAAUCUGAAAUUCCUGAUCAGGUGUGCAAUGACCCACGCUGUGGUCAGCCCUUCCACCAGGCCUGUCUGUACGAGUGGCUGCGGGCGCUUUCCUCAAGCAGGCAGAGCUUCAACAUUGUUUUUGGAGAGUGUCCUUACUGCAGCAAGCCUAUUAGUGUGAAGAUGUCGGCACAAAUACCCUGAGAGUCGGAUGCAACCUUCAACUUUUCAACCUCCUCUGUUCAAGUGAAUAAGGUUUAAACUGACAAAAUGUGACACACAUCUGGUUACACUGAGGACGCCUUGCCUCGACCUUGGCUUACCUGUGCCGACUCCGCUCACCGACAGCUGCUGGACUGAGCCUGGCAGAUUAUCUGUCAGCCUGAGAGAAGCGGAGGAGGAGGAGCAGAUUAAACACUGAAGGAGGAAGGGACAGUUAAGAGGCAGAUACUUUAUAUGGAAAGAAUUCACUGAAAGAGUGGUCUGAAUUGAAGCCAGAGCAAACAGCGCUACGGAUGUAAGACGUCUCAGCUAGACACACCGACGGUCUAAAGCUCUCCUACACUGACAGCUUACUGACAAGGUCUUAGACCGCCAUGGAGGGGAAAACGGUGGCAGACUGAGAUUUUUCUCUGAGGGAAGAGUUUUGGAAGGCUUCCUUGAUGAGGUAUUCCAGUGAGGUGGGCCUUGAUUUGCCCAUGUAUGUGGUCUCUUGUCGGGAAAAAACCCUUUCGAGUCAAAGCCGUGAAAAUUACCUGCAUUAGCAUCUUACUCCCCUGACAUCUGUGUUAUUAUUCUCAUGAUUAUUAUCGUUUUUGAGAAAAAUAAAAUUGUGUUCAUAUGUAUUGCACUUUUUAUGAGAGUCACAGUGUUAAAAAAGUUGUCAGUUUCAUAUGACUGAUGCUAAUGUUUAAUGUUAAUUUCAGUUUUUUGAGGAUAUAACAUAUCCUCCCACCAACAAACAGAUAUGCUAAUUACAAAACAUUUACCUUUAAUUACCAUCCUGAAGACAAACGUUUCAUUACACAAGACCCCAUACAUACAGAAAACGGCAGCUGUUUCUAGGUUCUGAUUGGUCGUUUGGAAUUGGAAGCCAUUAAACAGGUUUUAAUUAGACCAACGCCACAUUAGCAGACCUUCAGAGGUCAAUGUGUUGCAAUGUUGUCAUCAUGCUUUGAGAUGUGGAUGUUGAAAUAUCAAAUAGGUGUUCUUUUGCUUUGAAAGUUUAAAAACUGUAGUGCUUUACCAAAUAUCUAUUCAUCAGUCAUGUUUAUGCAGUUUAUAAUAUUUCAGACUGCUGAUGGUGGAUCUUGGACAGUCACAUGACAUGACGACGCUCUAUGUCGCCAUUCAUUUGAAAAAUCAGUUUCCGUCACUGUUUAUCACAUUUUCUCUCCAUCGAAACUUCAACUUUUCCAACUCAAGCGUAAGAAAAAAAAAUUUUCUAAUAUUUUAGCAGUUGUUCAAAACUGUUUCUGUUAACAUUAUGAGCAACUUCAAGUUUUGCAUAAAACACGUUGACGGAAACAACUAUUAUACUCGAGUCUUGUCUCUGAGGAAGCUGUUAUUUGUUCUAUGACUGCGUAGUUUUGUUCAGGUUUCUACUUUGUGUUACGCAGACCCACAAUCUGCUAGAGAUUAAGGGAUUCUUAUUUUCUUUUUGUGUAAGUGCUGUUCCAGUGAGUUGCUUCACUUGUGGACUGAAUUCAGUGCGUGUUAUUCUGCGUCCACCUGUUUAACCAAAUCCAACUAUUUUAUAACUCUGCUUCCAUCUUUUCAUUUCUAUUUUACAUGUUAAUCUUUAAAAAAUUCUCAGUUGUAUUAAAUUCUGUAUUGCUUCUUUCAUUUUUAUGGCUUAUGUAAAGCACUUUGAAUUGCCUUUGUGUAUAAAAUAGGCUCUACAAAUAAAUGUGCCUUGUCUUGCCGUUGUCACUUAUUUAUUGGAUGUACGUUUGUACUGUAUGGCACACAAUGCAUUUCUGAAUUAACAGUAAACCAGUAAAUAGACAGAUGAUUUGAGUGUCUUCCACAAGUUUUACCACUUGCGGAUGUGGUG